AUGUGGACGUCACUCUCUGCUCUGACCAUGUGGACGUCACUCUCUGCUCUGACCAUGUGGACGUCACUCUCUGCUCUGACCAUGUGGACGUCACUCUCUGCUCUGACCAUGUGGACGUCACUCUCUGCUCUGACCAUGUGGACGUCACUCUCUGCUCUGACCAUGUGGACGUCACUCUCUGCUCUGACCAUGUGGACGUCACUCUCUGCUCUGACCAUGUGGACGUCACUCUGCUCUGACCAUGUGGACGUCACUCUCUGCUCUGACCAUGUGGACGUCACUCGCUGCUCUGACCAUGUGGACGUCACUCUCUGCUCUGACCAUGUGGACGUCACUCUCUGCUCUGACCAUGUGGACGUCACUCUCUGCUCUGACCAUGUGGACGUCACUCUCUGCUCUGACCAUGUGGACGUCACUCUCUGCUCUGACCAUGUGGACGUCACUCUCUGCUCUGACCAUGUGGACGUCACUCUCUGCUCUGACCAUGUGGACGUCACUCUCUGCUCUGACCAUGUGGACGUCACUCUCUGCUCUGACCAUGUGGACGUCACUCUCUGCUCUGACCAUGUGGACGUCACUCUCUGCUCUGACCAUGUGGACGUCACUCUCUGCUCUGACCAUGUGGACGUCACUCUCUGCUCUGACCAUGUGGACGUCACUCUCUGCUCUGACCAUGUGGACGUCACUCUCUGCUCUGACCAUGUGGACGUCCCCCUCUGCUCUGACCAUGUGGACGUCCCCCUCUGCUCUGACCAUGUGGACGUCCCCCUCUGCUCUGACCAUGUGGACGUCACUCUGCUCUGA